AUGCAAGACGACAGUUUAGAAUCCUCAACUUCAAUAUCUCAACUUCUCAGAGAAAGUUAUUUAGCUGAAACUAAACAUCAAGGGAAGAGUGAAAGAAGCAGAUCAGAAACAUCUUCCCAUAAUUUCCAUUAUGGAAACGCUUCUGGUGAUUCAGAUGAGGUAGCUGCCCAAGAUGACCUUCCAGACCUCUCUGCCUUUUUAAGCCAAGAAGAGCUAGAUGAAAGUGUAAACCUCGCAAGACAAGCUAUUGAUCAGAAUCCACUGGAAACUAAACAGGACGAGCUUCAGGCACAUUCACAGCAUCCCCCAGAUCAGCUGAAAAACACAGGAAAACACAAAAAAAUGGCCCAGUCUACAGCUUUGAAAACACCAGACAAUGGUCUGCACUCAAACUUUUGUCAGGACCAUGUCACAAAGGGCUCCAAAGGGAGCACUCAAGAUCUCAAGAAACAACACCUCCCUUCUGAAUCAGAAUCAAAAAAGGAAUUCCUAAACAAAGCAGCAGAUUUUAUUGAGGAGCUCUCAUCACUUUUCAAAGCUCACAACUCUGAAAGAAUAAGACCCCGAACGUGCAAAAACUACAGGAGCAAAAUUGAUUGUAAGAAUAAGCCUGCCCAAAAAGGUAGUUCUAGCCUAUCUAGCACAUCAGAAAACAGAGAAAGGCUUUCCAUUCCAGUAGCUCAAGACUUGGAAAACAAAGCUGAGAAAACAUUUGAACAAACAGACGAUCAACAGGCAGCAAACUUGGAAUCUAUCAAUCAAUUAACAAGUGCAGAGCUGAAAACAGAGUCAGAAUCUGCAUCUGUAUAUUCUGAUGAGCCUAUUGGACAACCACCACGCUUUACCCAAAAACUGAAGAGCAGGGAAGUUCCUGAAGGAACCAAAGUACAAUUGGACUGCAUUGUGGUAGGAAUCCCAGCACCUGAAGUCAGGUAA